AUGGGAGGCGCCUCGUGACAGCGCCAGCGCAGAAGAAUAAAACUCUGGAGGAGCUUUUUUUUUGCGCAUGAAGUUUGAAGAUAUCGAGCUUGUACUGUUUUCUCUUAUCAGCUGCUAGUGCUCUUUCCGAUGCAGUAUAUUCGGUGACAGUUUCUGGCGCAUUUAACCCACAGAUUGAUACAAUGCAGAAUGGGAACAGCCGCCUCAGCGAGGCUCAAAAAGAUGUGGAGGAAGUUAAAGGUAUCAUGCUGGAUAACCUAAACAAGGCUGAAGAGCGAUCAGGAAAACUCAAGGAACUGGAGACCAGGGCUGACGACCUACUUGUAAAGGGCAAAGCAUUCUCAAAGACCGCCACAAAGGUGAAACAGAAGAAGCGCUGGGAAAAUAUCAAGUAUAAAGUGGUUAUAGCAGCAGUUGCAGCUGCAGUGCUUCUUGGCAUAAUCUUGGCUGUGGCAUUGAGCUUUAGCAAUGAUGACAAUGGUAAAGACGCAUCCACGACAACAACAACAAAGGCCCCAUGAAAUUACUAGAAGCUAGCAAACAAGAUAAUGAGUCAACACAUUUUUUUAAACUCUAAAGAAAAUAAACGUCCUGAAAAUCCUUCAGGUUCUUUUGUACUAAAGUAUCAUAGAUCACUCAUUGUGAUACAGUGCAAGCUAAAUCUGUGAUGCUAUUUGUGGUGGGUGUCAUACAAACGGUACCAUGGUGUCAUAAUCAUUUCCGCUUUUUCAUUUUCAGUGGCAACAUAUACACAUACUCAUUAUGUGGCAAUAAUGGUAACAUUUUACACAGAUUCUUCUUGGACUAAGCAUAAUUUAACCAUACAUUAGAUAAAUUGGUGCCAUAUGUAGAUCAAAGUGUACCUGGAAAAACAUGUUUUACUGUCAGUGAUCUUCAAAUUUCUUGAUUCUGUUUGUCAGCAGAAAAAAUGUGUGUAAUGGUGUCAGGUUUUGUUAAGUGUGUGGAUUUUUCACUUGUUAGUUACAGAACAAACCCAUGUAUCUGACAUACCCGUUUGACAUCUUGGACUCUUACUGAUGAGCUGAUGAGAAUAAUUGCAUGUAUUUUUAAUGCAUGUAUUUUUGACUUUGGAGAGAUACAAAAUGUGCACUUUUUGGGGUAAUUCAGGAUUUGGUUGGCAUGUGUAUUCUUUGAUUUGUGUUAUUUUUGUGCUAAAACUUCUAUAUAGAUUAAGAAGUGAAUAAUUCUUAAUAUUUUGAUUUUCAGCGCUAUAACAACCAUAGGAGGUUUCCUCCUGUAUUCAGAUUUGUUAGGGGAGUGUGUAAGAGUUUUGUCACUGUUGAAGAUUUGAUUAUCUUUGUCCAUUAUCAAUAUAAAAUGUAUAUGUUUAUAUGAUUAAUAAUUUGCUGCUACAAACAGCACUAUAUUAUUUGCAUGUGUACAUAUAAAUAAACGUCCAUUGUAAAUACUU